GGUAAUGCUGCAUGUACCAAUCUCUCGGUGUGCAGUGCUGCGGUGGACUUGCAUUGAUGCGCUCCAAGUGUCGCCACCAGUGCAACUUUCAUCGAACCCGCUCGGAACGCAGCAAAAAAGGCAAGCGCGCUCGACAAACCUUCGCAGACGCUUCUCAGGCUCCGAUCUUAUUCUGCAUUGCCGAUGUUCAGCUCGCACCACUUAACCCGUCAGGCUGACGGUCAGCAUUGACCGGGCGUAGGAAUCGAAUGCGCUUCGUAUGUAGAAACAGUCGAUGGGAUAUCCGUGACUGACUCUGUCCUCCCUACUGGUUUUGUCCCCACGAUCGGUACACUCUUGGUCGCAAUGGACGCUUGGUAGCUUGGCAUUUGCGUCCAGUGCUGGAUCGGAGUUCCGGAGUUGCAUCUACUGGCUGCGUACGCUGUCUCAGCACCCGUUUCAAUGUGUGGGUAUGUCAUCUCGCCCCUCAAAUAUAAUGGAACUCGAGUGACAUGGUCCAUACUGUUGACCUGGUUGUUGAUACAACCAAACGCCUCAUAGGUUUUGUACGACGCCACUUCGUAGCAAGUCGAGAGCGAGCCAGCCUCUGCACCCCCGACGUCUCCUUAUCCAAUCGAUGCACCACUUGCAACUGUUGAUGCUCCCCGGACUGCUUUUUUUUCAAUAUUGUGAAAUCGUUUCUUAUAAGCUCUGCAAUCCACGGCAAGCAGCUACGACUCAUUCAACGCCGAGCCGUCCUGCACAGCUAGUCCGUUCACCUGCUGCAAUGUCGUCUUGUCUUGUGCCGUGGUCGGAUUAUGAUGUUGUAACGUUAUGCCAUGCUCUG